AUGACAGGCCGCGGAAACCGGCGGCCCCUGGGCUUUACAAUCAAUCGAGGUGAAUCGAAUGACUUCGCAAGGCAAGACCAAACCCACAAGAUUUGCAUGCAAUUCCAGCGUGGAAAUUGUCGCUAUGGCUCAACUUGCAAGUUCUCUCAUGAUCUGACAAGAGCUAUCGGAUCACAAUCCGCUGCGCCCACAAACAAUCCCACUGUUGAUGAUUCGAGUGCUCGGCAACGAUAUUUUGACUGGAAGAAGAUCCUUAGAAAUGAUUUCAUCACUCUCAGAUAUUCCCGGAGAAAGGACGAGGAGAUCUUUCAACUUUGGGAAGGCGCUCUUGGUAUUCUUGACAGUGAAAAUACUGGAGACCAUCAACUUCUUGCCCGAGACAUGGUUGAUGAUAGACUCGGUGGGCACGCGUUUAUUCUGGCAACGCUUGAUACCGUCGGCCAAAAUGCAAACCAAACGAUUCGCCCCCAUGUUGAGCCAUUUCUCAAGGUCAUCACUCAUCCUGCUCUAUUGGACUGUCUCUCUGUUGAUUCAUUUGUUGGCACCAUGUACGCAACCUUCGGCGGCCCGAAUGGCGAUCGAGCAAUCGGCUUUUUGGAAAGCGUUUGCCGUUGUAUGAUCAACAGCUGCGACCUAAACAGUAACAAUCAGGCCGUUGUUACUCCAGAAAUGAUGAAGCUACUGCUGAAAACUCUCUACCAGCUUCUGCACAGAGUCAGAGGAGCACGGUUCCAUGCUGGACUUGCUCCACUGCUUGAUUCUCUACAUGGAUUGGCCCAUAAAAGCGCGAAUGCAUGCUCCAAGGCCGACCUUGAUGCACUUGAGAACAGAAUAGAAGUCAUGCGCACAGUGGUUGCAAACGCAAACCGUAGCCUUCUUCCUGCCAAGGCUCCCGAGGAGAAUAUCAACCGCACUGGGUUACCCCAAUCGUCAUUUCCAAUGGAUGCAGAGAUCCCCGGCGGCAGACACGACAAUGACCUUACGGAAAUCUCCCAGAUUCGAAUUCUUCCAACUCACGGCGAAAUCGUGAGCCAGCAUUCGGAAUAUCUACCAUCCACGAACUUCUCUCUGCCGCAUUUCAUCAGUGACCCCCUUCUGAGAUAUGUCGACUCUACAUUCCGGCUGCUACGCCAUGACAUCUUCGGUUCCGCCAAAGAUGUGCUUCGAGAUCUAAUUCAGCAGGACAAUCAAAGUCAUUACCUCUCCGGCAAAGAUAGUAGGGCACAUAUCUAUAUGAAAUCUCGUAUCCAGUAUGUGUUCAUCAAUGAAAGAAAAGACCUUGAAGCGAUUAUCUCUUUUGCUGCCCCGCUAGGACUGCACAAAAGGGCAUCCGCCGAGCGAUGCAAAUGGUGGAAGGAAUCAAACCGACUAGAAGAGGGAAGUCUGGUUUGUUUUCUGACUAACGAAGGCACCCGUAAAAGGCUCCUUUUCUUUGAGGUUACAGUUAAGAAUACGUCUCAGGACAACAAGGACAAGGGAAAGAGCAAUCUUGUCUCUUCUCAGCAUUUGCCCAGUAUUACCGUGAAGCUUGCGAUAUGUUCCCGGGCAGAACUGGAUCUGCUUGCGAAAGUAUCGAGGGCAUUCUGGUGGAAUUCCAUGGUCUUAUCCCUGCAACAUUUACCCCUAUUCUCAGAAACCUCUAACGAGUUCAGAGAUGGGGAUAAACACAGCAACAAUAUACCCCCGCCGGCCUAUGCUCAAAAGCCAGGGUUUGUAUUUCCUCUGACUCGUAUUACAAAGAAUCAAUUUCGUGAGGUUCAACUGGACCCCAGUAUUCCGGAAUCUCUUGACAUCAAGGAACUGGAGGGUUUGACUGGUCUCGACCGAGGCCAGUGCGUGGGACUUGUUGCCGCCCUCACUCGAGAAUAUGCCCUUAUUCAAGGUCCACCAGGCACUGGAAAGUCGUAUCUGGGUGUCAAGCUUGUUCAGGUUCUACUCGCCGUCAAAGCACAGGCGAAACUUGGUCCCAUUGUUGUGAUAUGUUACACCAAUCAUGCCCUAGAUCAGUUUUUGAAACAUCUCCUCGCUAUCGGUAUACUCAUGAUCAUACGCAUUGGCGGCCGCAGCCAGGCCAUUGAGCUUGAGGGCAAGAACCUGCGCGUUGUUAGCAAGGAGAUCGGCAAGACGAGAGUAGAGUCGCAAACUCUCGGAGAAAAAUACAAUGGACUCGAUGAAUGUAUGAAAAUUGCUGGAUAUUCUAUGAAGCCUUUACAUCAAUCUCGAAAGGGCCCAAGCUGGAAAGGAAUGCAGUAUUUUCUGCGCCGCAAAUUGCCCUUGAUACACAGACAGUUCGACCCGAUAGAUGAGGGGGGAUAUGAAACAGUGAUUGUAGAUCCAUUGUUACACUGGCUGGGCAAGAAAUCACCGAAUUUGUCAAGUUCCGAGACUGAGUAUGAGGUUGGCGACGAGCGCUUGGCCGAGUUGACGCGUACAGCCGAGCAAAAUAUCUAUCAACUCACAAAAUCGGAGCGCCUUACUCUUGCAACGAGCUGGUUCAAGCAGUGGUGUGAAGACGAAAACGCCUCACUUUUCGAGGCAGUAGAUCAAUCUGAAGGUCUGCGUCAAGAAAUCAACGAUGUUCAUGAAGAACUCAACCGACGAGCCCUGGUUAAAGCCGAUGUGGUAGGCAUCACCACAACAUCCCUUGCUCGACAUACCAAGACAUUGCGUCGCAUAGGGGCCAAGGUCAUCAUAUGCGAAGAGGCAGCAGAGGUCAUGGAGGCUCAUGUCAUCUCAUCUCUUAUACCAGGCGUUGAGCACUUCAUCCAGAUUGGCGAUCAUCGGCAGCUGCGACCACAAAUUCAGAAUUACUCACUUAGCCUUGAGUCAUCGUCUGGAAGGGCAUGGCAAUUGGACCGAAGUCAGUUUGAGAGACGCGCUGUCGGCGAGCCAGGCCUCGCUCCUGCACCUGUCGCACAACUGAAUGUGCAGCGAAGAAUGAGACCUGAGAUUUCGCAACUCAUCAGAAGGGUCUACCCAAAGCUUCAAGACCACGAGAGCGUUAAUGGUUUACCCAAUGUCGUCGGAAUGCGCGAUAAUCUCUUCUGGCUAGACCAUCGUUAUGAUGAGGACUCAAGGGAAGACGACAUUCGUGUGAAAUCACACAGCAAUCAAUGGGAGGUUGACAUGGCUACCGCCCUUGUGCGCCAUCUUGUUCGACAAGGAGAGUACACAAGCAAGGAUAUUGCCCUUCUAACUCCCUACACAGGUCAAUUACGGAAGCUUAGGGCGUCUUUGAGCAAGGACUUUGAGAUUUGUCUCAGCGAGCGCGAUCUGGAGACCUUGGCAGCCGAGGGGACGGAAAGCGAAAUGGCUAAUACACCCCAAGAAGAGCUACGCAUACCGAUCGAAAGAAGGACAUUACUUCAAACUCUCCGUCUCGCUACGGUUGACAAUUUCCAGGGUGAAGAGGCGAAAGUGAUCGUUGUGUCGCUAGUUCGGGGCAACCCGAAACAGAAAGUUGGUUUUCUACGCACCGAAAACCGCAUCAACGUGCUUCUCAGUCGAGCGCAGCAUGGCAUGUAUUUGAUUGGAAAUUCCGAGACGUACCUCAAUGUCCCAAUGUGGGCCGAUGUUCACGCUCAGCUCGCUCACAAGAAGGCUGUAGGUACGGGACUGGCUCUCUGCUGCAGCCGCCAUCCAGAAACACCUAUCAUCUGCUCCGAGCCUCACGACUUUGAGAAGAAAAGCCCUGAAGGUGGCUGCGAUCUCCCCUGCACCCGGCGACUCGAGCCAUGCGGCCAUCAAUGUCAAGCCAAGUGUCAUUCAUCAUUCAUGCACGAUGGUUUCGCAUGCUGCAAGCCCUGCCCUCGUAUUCGACAGACCUGCGAUCAUGGAUGUCCCAAGCUGUGCGGUGAGAACUGUGGUCUUUGCAUGGUUCAGAUACCUAACGUGAUACUCCCUUGUGGUCAUGUUAAAAAGACGCUCAGAUGCCACCAGAUGGGCAACUUGGCAGCCAUCGAGUGUAAUUUUGAAGUUGAUAAGAUCGUGCCGAAGUGUGGACAUACAAUCCAAGUCAGCUGUUUCGUGGAUGUCACGUCCGAGAAGUUCCAUUGUCCUCAGCCAUGUACCGAAAUCCUUGGCUGCGGUCACAUUUGUGGAGGGGUUUGCGGCAAAUGUCUGAAGAAAGACGAUGCUGGGGUAGUAUCGUUCGCGCAUCCGAGGUGCACAACAAAAUGCGAACGUCCUCACGGUGUCUGCAAUCACAGAUGUCUCAAGUUAUGCCAUGAUGGUGAAGUUUGUGGCAGUUGUGAAGCAAAAUGCGAGGUUCGAUGCUCCCACUCAUCCUGUGACUCAACAUGCGGAAAGGCAUGCGCACCAUGUAUCGAGAAAUGCACCUGGUUCUGUUCUCAUCAAGGCUCCUGCUCCAUGCCUUGCGCAGCACCAUGUGACCGACUUCCUUGCGACGAGCGUUGCGAUAAGAUCCUAGACUGUGGUCAUCAGUGUCCAAGUCUUUGUGGGGAGAACUGCCCAAGCGAGCUAUGUCAGGAAUGUGGUGACAAGCCAGAUGCCCGCGUCGAUCUGCUCGAAUGGAAACUCUACUCUGAGAUUGACCUCGACGAGAGUCCCAUUGUCGUGCUUGGAUGUGGCCACUUCUUCACGAAUGAGUCAGUUGAUGGCUUAGUUGGCCUAGAUGGUGUGUAUACACGGGAUAAAUCUGGCAAUUUUGACGGCCUUCGGGACAUCUCUGCUUCACUUGCCAGUACCAUACCUUCAUGUCCGGACUGCAAGCAGCCCAUUCGCCAAUUUGUAACAAAGCGAUACAAUCGUGUCAUCAAUCGAGCUGUGAUGGAUGAAACGUGCAAGCGGUUCUUGACUAAAGGACGUGCUGACCUCGGAGACCUUGAUUCUCGUUUGACUACGUUGGAAAACACACUCAAAGUCAGAAGUCCGAAGAUGGUACUCAGAAAUAGAACAGAGGGGCUGUUCCGAGCGAGAUAUGGGCCACUUACUUCCCUUUCAAUGGAAGCUGCAGUCCUGAGUAAAAAUAUGGAUGCAGAGAACCAGCCAACAAAGAGGCUCAUGGAUGCAAUCGCUUCAUGUCAGAAACCAUCAGGCAAUGAGGAUUCUUCCAUCGCCAAUCGACUUGAUAGACUCAGAAUAUCAACGCCAAAAUCUGACAAUCAGAUAACUCUUGGGGCCCGACUGAUUUCUAUCAAGGCCCGAGAAAUCGUUCUCAGUGACAAAUUCAGAAUGUUGAGUUCUUCAAGGACCAGGUCGGCAAUGGAUAGUACCCGGCUGCCUGGUUCUACAGUUGUGUUCCUAGAGGAUUCUCAGGCCUUGAUCCUUCAAGCUAGGAGUGCCAGCCUCUCCCGCAUCGUCAUUGCAGCAACACUCGCAUUUGCGAAGGUUUCCCAGCUGGAUGGAUGGUAUUAUCGCACUUAUGCAGGUCGUUCAACAGACAAGCCUGCUUCAGAAACAAAGAAAGAGAUAGGGUUGGAAUCACUUGCGAGUCGCAGAGACAUCACCCGUGGCUACCUUGCCGAUGCUGAGCAUCUGUGCGACAACCUGGGCGAUUGUAAGGAGCUUCGAGAGAGCCUCCAGGAGAUGGUUCGUCAAUUUGAGGGCCCGCGAUAUGAAGAGGUAACACCAGAGGAAAUUGCGUCUAUCAAGAGCGCCAUGGUCACUGGGUAUGGAGGCUUCGCGACGAAUUCUGGCCACUGGUACAAUUGUGUCAACGGACAUCCUUUUGCCGUUGGCGAAUGUGGUAUGCCGAUGGAGCUGGCGAAAUGCUCUGAAUGUGGAGCGGGUAUUGGAGGACAAAGUCAUCAGCCUGUUGCGGGUGUCUCACGAGCGACUGAGAUGGAAUAA